AUGGCCGAAUUCAAAUAUCUGAUCCACUUUGCAGAUGAAAACGGAGACAGGUUCUUUGCUGAUAUCGACUCUACGGAGCCCCUUACUGGGGCACAAAUCAAUGCAUAUCGCUCAUUUGAGGACCUGAAGGAGAGGAAGAAUGGUGUAAUUAGGGCUAUUGCAAAGCUCCUCCCUCCAGUGCCUGUACACGAUCUGCCGAUCUACUGCGUGGGACUUAAUUAUAAGAGCCAUGCAAAAGAAGCAAAUGGCGAGCUCUGCUUUGUGACCUCGCGCGAGUGUCGUGACCUUAGCAUUGAAGAGGCACCGUCUUGUAUCCUAGGCUAUACCAUCGGCAACGACCUAUCCUGCCGUUUCUUUCAACUUCCCGAGCAGUCCGGUGGGCAAUUCUUCUACGCCAAGGCUUUCGAUAGGUUUGCUCCUGUUGGCCCGGUGCUGGUUCAUCCGUCUGUUUGGCAUAAGGCUGAGAAGACAGCCCGACUGGUGACACGCGUCAAUGGACAUGUCAAGCAGGACUCUCACCUGAGCACGGAUAUGAUUAACACGCCGGCGAGAAUACUCAGUUGGAUGUCGCAGGGCACCACAAUUCCCGCGUAUACGAUUCUUAUGACGGGCACACCAGCGGGAGUGGGCGCAUUCCAGACCCCUCGGCAAUUCCUCAAGGAUAAGGAUUCGGUCGAUGUUGAGAUUACCGGACUCGGAGUGCUACAAAACCGAGUUGCGUUCGAAGAGGGCCAGGACAAUAUGCUGUGA